AUGCGCAGUUUCAACCCGACGCAGAUGCUGGAGACGCUGCGGAACAAGCGGAUGAUGUUCGUGGGCGACUCGCUGAACCGCGGGCAGUUCACGUCCAUGGUGUGCCUCCUCCAGUCCGCCAUCCCGUCCCCGGAGGCCAAGUCCUUCGAGAUGUCCCCCGACCAGCAGCACACCGUGUUCACCGCCAGGGAGUACAACGCGACGGUGGAGUUCUACUGGGCGCCCUUCCUGCUGCAGUCCAACGCGGACGACGCCGUGGUGCACAAGAUCUCCGACCGCAUGGUGCGCAACGGCUCCAUCUCCCACCACGGCCACCACUGGGAGGGCGCCGACGUGCUGGUCUUCAACACCUACCUCUGGUGGUGCACCGGGCUGCGCUUCAGGGUCAUGAACGGGCCGAUCGCGGAGGCCAGGGAGGAGGACGCGGUGUGGGUGUCGACCGAGGAGGCCUACGGCAUGGCGUUCCGCGACAUGCUGCAGUGGGUGAGGGACAAGAUGGACUUCAACACCACCAGGGUCUUCUUCACCAGCAUGUCGCCCACCCACGGCAAGAGCCAGGACUGGGGGGACGCGCCGGGGGGCAACUGCUACAACGAGACGGCGAUGAUCGAGGACGCCGGGUACUGGGGCACGGACGGGCGGCGGAGCGUGAUGCGGGUGAUCAGGGAGAUCCUCGACGGCGACGGCGCCGACGUGCCGCUCACGUUCCUCAACGUGACGCAGCUGUCCAUGUACCGCAAGGACGCGCACACCUCCAUCUACAAGAAGCAGUGGAACCCGCUGACGCCGGAGCAGGUCGCCGACCCCAGGACCUACGCCGACUGCGUCCACUGGUGCCUCCCGGGGCUCCAGGACACGUGGAACGAACUCCUCUACUCCAAGCUCUUCUACCCUUGA